UCCUCCAAAACAAUCCACUGCUUCACCAUCAUCAUCAUCAUAUUCUCAUUUAUCAUCAAAACCAUCAAUCCACCACCAAGUCCAUACGGGAAUUUGUUUCAAUUCAACCAAAACCAUAGCCUCCAAAAUUAAUUUGCUUCAAAUAAACGAAUACUACCCACAAUGAAUAAUUAAUGGUUGAAGCAUAAAUCAAAAGUUUUGGAAACAACAAGAAAAAAUGGUAGUGAAGCAGCAGCUAGUGGUAUCAAAGUUUGUCAACGUUGGUGCGGGAUUGCUUCCGUUGUUAGCUGCUCCAUCUUCACUCCGCUCAAUUCCCACUACACCCACACGCCGAUUUUCUUUCUCAUUAAGACAAAAGGAAACAAAGAAGUUCAAGUCAGUUUUCAGCCCAGUCCAAAGCCAGGCGUCAAAUGUUGGUGUUGGAUCAAGCAACUAUGAUGGGAGAGAGGAGUUUAACAGUCAGAAUGUAUCUUCAAAUGACUCAUCCAGUAAAAGUUCCUCUCAAAUUGAAAAACAUCCAAGUCGAAUUCCUUAUCCUUUCUCUAUAGCUAUGGUGCUAUUUGGGUGUGCUUUAGCAUUUUCCCUCAUUAUAUUUGUGAAAGGAGGUCCUUCAUCAAUUUUGGCGGCAAUUGCAAAGACUGGAUUUACUGCUGCAUUCACAUUAAUAUUUGUCUCAGAAAUCGGGGACAAGACAUUUUUUAUUGCUGCUCUCCUGGCCAUGCAGUAUAAAAAAGGACUGGUGCUGUUGGGAUCAAUGGGUGCCCUUGGAUUGAUGACCAUUCUCUCCGUUGUUAUAGGACGGAUAUUUCAGUCAGUACCUGCUCAAUUUCAGACAACUCUUCCAAUUGGAGAAUAUGCUGCUGUGACUCUACUGCUAUUCUUUGGGUUGAAGUCAAUAAAGGAUGCAUGGGACCUUCCGGCAGUUGAUUCCAAGGGAGAAAAUAAGGAUGGCUCUGAACUCGGUGAAUUUACCGAGGCUGAGGAGCUUGUGAAGGAGAAGGCUUCAAAACAACUGUCAAACCCUUUUGAAAUUCUGUGGAAGUCAUUCACCCUUGUGUUCUUUGCAGAAUGGGGUGAUCGCUCAAUGCUUGCUACCAUUGCCCUUGGUGCUGCACAGUCUCCAUGGGGCGUGGCAAGUGGAGCUAUAAUGGGACACCUAGUUGCCACAUCUGUUGCAGUUCUUGGAGGAGCAUUUCUUGCCAAGUACAUUUCUGAAAAGCUGGUUGGCUACUUGGGAGGAGUCCUGUUUCUUCUUUUUGCUGUAGCAACAUUCUUUGGAUUUUUCUAGUUCUCCCUGUUAAACAACAGAGUUGAAGGAGAGAAGAAGAUUUCCCUAAGAUUCAACUCAUUUUUCAACUUUCGAACGUUACUCUUCAAAGGAAAAAGUUUCAGAAGAUCUAUUCUCCAGAUCAUGAACUCCUCGCCACUGAUGCAUUAGUCGGAUUGUGCAAGCAGAAACUGUUAGCUCUAUAACCAGCUCGGAUGAUAUAGAAGUUACGGCAUGCCAUAUUAGUGAGAGGGCAUCUUGAGCAGAAAUUUUGACAAAUUCCAAUAACCCAGAUAAACCAAGUUAAAUCUGUUAAUGAUAGGUAUUUCUUUCUUUGUUAAUGAAACACGGUAUUUUGUAUUUAUGAUCCACUUUGUAGAUAAUAUAUUUCAAGGACCAACUUGCUGUUACAAUGUUUGUGUUCAUAAUGAAAUUCCCUGAAAUGGUCCAGAACAAA